AUGACUUGCCCUGCUUUUGAUAGUAUUUAUAACAGGGAACGAGGCUAUUUCCUUGACCUACUACAGCGCCAGGUCUUGGAGCUCCAGGCUUGCCCCGAUCAUCGGCCUCGGGUGAUUGAAGCCAUCAGAGAGCUUGCUAGCAUGGUACCUCGCUACCUUGGGGCUUCGCAGGUCCUCGGUGACACUCGCUUCUUUCAUAUUUGCUGCGCUCUGCAACCUAUCUUAUACAGCGCACUUGUCACUCUCUGCGAGGACAAUGAUCCCAUCAAAGGAUUGAUGGUUGCUGGGCUACUUGAGAGUGCAGUUCCUUGGGAGGUUCGAGAUCCCAGCAAGCGGAAUUAUCCAGCCGAGUGGUGA